UUAUUUUCUUGUGAUACCGACGUUUACAGUGAAUACUUUGACGUACAAUGUUAUUAAAAGUAAAACAUAUUUAUUUUGCUCUCCUGAACAAUUUCAAUUUUGUGAUUUAAAAAACAAAAAAUCCGCAAUUAAAUUGGAAGUCGGCGAAGUCGAUAAAGAUCAUUUUUUCAAAUCUGAGAUAAAAACAGAAGAAAAUGAAGAUUUAUCAGUUGUAAAAGAAGAAUUUUUGGACCUUCAUUAUACUGAUUUUGUCGAAUCAAACUUCGAUGCAAAAAAUAUUAAGAUUGAAAACACUGAAGCCGUGAAUAGUUCUGACUUGGUAUUUUUAGUUCCAGAACCGCUAUUUACUGGCGAUACAUUCAAUACAAUAAAACAUGACCGAUUUUUUACUGAAGAAGAGCCAUCCACGCAGGAAGAACUGAUAAUGUCUAACGAGAAACUAAUUCAACGUACCUUAUGCUCAAGAACAUUCGCACAACCCAAAAAACAUGAAAACCUAUUUCAAUGCGAAGUGUUCUCACAACAAGCAGCACUCUCACAAUCUGGUAAUCUCAAAACGCACACGGGCUAUACACCUUUGCAAUGUUCAGUAUGCUUGAAGAAAUUUUCACAGUAUGGAAGUCUAAAAAUGCACAAUAGAACACACACGGGCGAGAAGCCUUUUCAGUGUGAAGUAUGCUUAAAGACAUUCUCACAGUCUGGAAAUCUUAAAACACACAAAAGGACCCACACGGGCGAGAGGCCUUUUCAGUGUGAAAUAUGUUUGGAGACAUUUUCAUAUUCUGGAUAUCUUAAAACGCACAAAAGGUCACACACGGGCGAGAGGCCUUUUCAGUGUGAAAUAUGCUUGGAGACAUUUUCACAACAUGAAAAUCUUAAACUGCACAAACGGACACAUGCGGGCGAGAAGCCUUUCAAUUGUGAAUUAUGUUUCAAGGCGUUUUCAGUAUCUAGUUAUCUUAACAAACAUAGAAUGACUCACACUGGUGAGAGAUCUUUUCAGUGUAAAGUAUGCCUAAAGGCUUUCUCACAACCGGGUCAUCUCAUAAUGCAUAAAAGGACACACUGGGUCGAAAAAGUGUAAAAAUUGAGAAAAAAAAUGAUUCUAAACUAAGUUUAUAAACAUUUUUUUUUUUAGUUUAUUGUAUAUAUUAUGUACUGCACAACACGUUUUGUAGAAUACUUUGGAAUAGAAACAUAUGUUAUUGUACAAAAAUAG